ACACACGCCCAUCCACACAGUGCUUACGUCCAUGUACAUGUACCAUGCAUGUACAUCCAUCCGAUUCCACGUGUGCGUAAAAACUUGUUGACCAUCUGCAGCUCAAGUUCGCCAACAAAAUCAAAAAACAAAAAAUGGAUUGGGUGUUGCUUUUGUCCAGAGUUACUAUUUGUGUAACAAUAGCCAGCAACUUUGGAGGAAUGCCCGUCUUCAUGGACAUCAUCCGUAAAGGAAGUACCCAUUCUGUGCCUUUUUUACCUUUUUUGGCAGGCUUUGUAAGUAAUACAGGUGGCAUAUGCUAUGCAAUGAUGAGGGCUGAUAGCGUUCUGCUGACUGUUAGCGGUGUUGGAAUCAUCAUGAGUACUAUCUACGUCUCGCUCUUUCUCUUUUUUAGUAGUGAAGUGGGGAAAACCUCCCGCCAGCUGAUGAUUUCAGGUGUCGCCAUUUUCAGUUUCUACUUUUAUCUGACAGGGUUCGUCCGUGAGCCAUCUUCCGUUGAGGCACAACUCGGCCUCGUUGUCGGUGUCCUUAUAACUGGCAUGAAUCUUGCUCCCAUAGCUAGUGUGGGCGACAUGCUUAAGAGGCAGUCAAGCGAGGGCCUGUCAUUUUCCAUCGCCACUGCAAUUUUUGUUACGUCCUGCUUAUGGGUGCUGUACGGUAUAGCAGUCGAUGACCUUGUGCUUACUCUGCCAAGUUUGUCUGGAGUCUUCUCGGGGCUGGUUCAGUACUACAUGCUGUGGUCUUAUCCAUCAAAGGCAAAGAUGGUUAAAGCUGAAUAAGUGGGUGAUUCUUGGCGGUUUCGGGUUCACACCCUCACAGCUUAUCCCACCUUGGACUGGAGCCUUUUCAUGUGGAUUGGGUUUUCUUUCAGUCUCUUUUGCUGAUUGCGUGUUUUGUUUUACCCCUGUCUGGGUUUUCCAUACCCCACUCUGGGUUUUUCCCUCCCAUGUUUACAACUGAGAUUUCCACUAACUUCCCCAUCGCCAUCUUUAGGGCCCAAUUUCAUAAAGCUAUUAAGCAGAAAAUACUGCUCGAAAAAUUUCUUUGCUAAGCAAAAAUCGAGCUGGGCACCGGUCACAACAAUGCAAACUUCAUUUAAUGGGCUGGUAGCCUGGUUCUGCUAAGCAAUAUUAUUCUGUGUUUAGCAAAAUACAGGCUUUAUGAAACUGGGCCCUGGUCAUUAUCGGUAUAUCGGUGUUUGAUUUCUCAGGUUUUUCCCCCUGAUUGCAAGAUCUUCUCAAAGUCACCUUGAGCCUUUAAUUUUAUUUGAAAGAAGUGAAGCAGUCACAAAAGGGAGAUCGAAACAGUCCUCAUUCGGUCCAAAACCUGUAGUUUUACAUUAUUUUAUGGUGAUUCACAGAGUUUUUCAACCCUUUUGAUUUCAAACUGAAUUAUGGGAAUAUCUGGGAGGUUUCAGGUCUAGAAAAAGAGGGGAACCUAGGCUGUAAAGCCAUUUGUCAAAACUCAUACCUGGGCCCAAUUUUAUAGAGUUGCUUAAGAAGAAGAAAAUGUUGCUUAAAAUAUUUCUGCUGAACAACAAUAUGCACAUGGACAUUUACUUCUCUUACUGGCCAGUUAUUUCCUUCCUGCAGGAGUCAUGGCUCCCUUGCGUGGAUACACCUUGUACAAUAACCCUCAUCACAGGUGUUCACUCACUCCUGGCUUAAGAGAAGCAAUCUGGGUCAGAUUUCUUUCUAAAAAUAUGCACAAGUGUCACUUAAACAGGAUUUGAACCCAGUCCAACCCAGUUAGUAAGAGUUAGAGUUAAAGUCUAUCUUUAAGUGAUUAUUAGUCAAUCAUAUUUCAAUUCUGAUGUUUUGUUGUUAUUUAUCCAGCACUGUGUGUGAUCGAUGAAUGAAAUAACUGAAUAGUCAAUUUUUCAUUUCUGAUUUCCAAGUUGGUACACUUUAAUUCUCUAUUUUAGAAAUACAGUGGGUUUUUAAGUUGGAGUGAAAGAUUUACAAAUGAAGUAUUAUGUUUAAUUUUAUAAAAAUGAAAUUAUGCAAAGCUAGGGAUAAUACCAAAUAAUAUAUGCACUGCUUUUAAGUUUCAUUUAUGCAAUUGGACUUGAUGAACUAGUCAUCAACUUUGAAUUAAAGUUGAAAGUAAAUUUAAUGUUUGACUCAUGGAUACUCUAUCUUCAAUUGAUUACCGGGCUGUCUAAGAUAGCUGCAAUAUAAGUGUCAUACAUUAUAUACAGUAAUAUUUUUAAACCAUUAUGGUACUCAAAGUUAUUUAUGUCUUUGUCCCCUUUUCAAUAAAAUACCUCGUCUGCUCAGAACUAUAAGGUCAUUAGUGCAAUUUGUAAGGGCUUGAUAAAUUCCUUUUGCAUAUUUUGGAGCUCCUGGUAGUUGGGAUGUAUUGAACAAAAGUGGUCUUCAAAGUAACUGUUUGGCAAAAAGAUUCAUACAUUUUCUAAGUAAAACAAACAUUUGUUGAUUUGGAUCAGUUUGUUUUCUUCAAAUUGAUAUGCAUUUUUCAUUUAAUGACCUUUUGAUCAUUACAAAUAUGAAAUUGCCAUUAGUGACCUGAGCAGACAACCUGUGCAUUAUUAAUACUGCCUCAAAUAUCAUGCACCAUCACAAGCAGUAGGUUUAAAUUGCUGACAAUAGCCUCAUUAAUAAUAAUAAUAAAUAUCUUGUAUAACUCUUAUUUUUUUGUACACAAUUUUAAACCAAAGAUCUAUUUUUACUGAACAAAUGACUCGCUGCAAAUAGUUUGCUUAGCUGAUUAUUAAAUAAUAAUCUUUUUUAUGAAAUUCAGGGUUUAGUCUACACUAAUAAGUAUGUAUACUAAUUGUUUUUUUUUUAAAUGCUAACACCUUUUCAAUCAGCUUUCAACAUUUGAUAUGUAUUCCUUGGUUGUUUUUAAUGUUAUGCAAGCAGCUGUAUAAUAAAGGUUAUGCCUGAUACCAAUUUGUACAAUUAAUGGUUAAUAUAUUUUCUAAUAAUAAUAAUAAAAUGUAAUAAUGUUAAUUGAAUUUGUCACAAUAAAAGU